UAGCACUCUCUCACACAUCACCAUUGAACCCUCUCCAUUCUCUCCUCUCCCUUCGAUAGGGUUUAGCAAAAAAAGUGUCGAGGUUUUCUUCUCCUCCUUCUGCAACUCCAAUCCUCGAAAUUGAAAAUCAUGGCGAAACCAAGCCGUGGUCGAGGAGCAUCCCCAUCUGGCUCAUCUUCUUCUAGGUCACGCUCUCGCUCCUUCUCCGGCUCCGAUUCUCGCAGCGCCAGCUCUCGUUCGCCUUCUCGUUCUCGUUCUCGCUCACGCUCUUUCUCCUCCUCUUCUUCUCCUUCUCGCAGUGUCAGCUCUCGCAGCGCCAGCCCUAGUGCUAGCCCUCCUCUUCAGCGUAAAAGUUCUGCUGAACCGGCAAAGCGAGCUCGUUCUCCACUGCCACAGGCUAAAAAGGCUUCUCCCCCUAGGAAACCUUCAACACUUCCGGAGUCUAAGGUUCUUUACAUAAACAAGCUCACAAGGAAUGUGAAUGAGGGCCAUCUCAAAGAAAUUUUUGGCAACUUUGGAGAAGUAGUAAAUGUUGAGCUUGCUAUGGAUCGCAUUGUCAAUCUUCCCAAAGGAUAUGCAUAUGUGGAAUUCAAGACAAGAGCUGAUGCUGAAAAGGCACAAGUGUACAUGGAUGGAGCUCAAAUUGACGGGACUAUUGUUGUGGCACAAUUAACUUUACCACCUAGUGAAAAGGUAUCACCUGCGAAAGCUGUGGCUCCUCCUCCCAAAAAAGAUGUGGCCAAAACUGAUGGUGUAGAUGCUGGGAAAGAUGGACCAAAACGCGGAAGAGAAGCUUCUCCACGUCCGAGGAGAUCUCCUGUUGCUCGUAGAGGUGGUUCACCUAGAAGGAUGGAUCCCCCACCUCGUCGGCGUGGAGAUUCUCCUGUUCGUAGAGAAUCUCCUUAUCGUAGAGGUGAAUCGCCUAAAAGAAGGCGCCCUAUAUCUCCGAGAGGCCGAUCUCCAUCUCCACUGAGGCGGCCAAGAUCACCUCUGAGGGGUUCUCCACGAAGGGUGCGAGGAAGUCCUGUUCGUAGACGCUCUCCCUUACCCCCACGACGGCGUUCACCACCUCCUAGACGACCUCGAAGCCCUCCUAGAAGAUCUCCUGUUAGUCGUAGACGCUCUCCUGUUCGUAGGGUUGGCCGUUCACGCUCAAGAUCAGCCUCACCACGGAGAAGACCACCAAUCAGAAGAGGAAGAUCAUCUUCAGGCUCUCCCUCGCCGAGUCCAAAAAGAGGUCCUAGGAGAAUAUCAAAAAGUCCCAAGAGGCCCUUGAAGGGGAGGAGUAAGAGCAGUAGUCGAAGUCGAAGCAGCAGUGGAUCCCCUCGUAAACCUUGAGCUUCUGAUGUUAAAUGUGGAAUCUACUUGACGAGGACUUGUUUCAUAUCUGCAGACUGCUGCUCUGUAAUGUGUUUUUAGCCUGAGAUUAUUCAUGUUAAUUUUGACCCCCAACUCUUUAUUAUUAUUGUUGCUGAUACAAGUUUGUAGUUAAGUGCUCGGUUAGCGUUGAUAUGUUAUGUCUUUAAAUUCUAAUAUCCGUGUGAAUUGUGAUGAGAUUAAGAGUCCUUUUAAGAACGACAA